AUGGUCGACGAUUCCAAGUCUCCUUCUCCAGACAAGCUAGAGAGCUCUCUACCAGAGGGUGUGUCUCUUCUAUCACAACCGAACUCCGAUGCCCAAGGCCAGCUCACGGCAGCUGUCGACGAUCUGCUCAAUGAACUCCAAACCAAAUUCGAUAAUGUCUCUACGGAAAUGUUCGGGAAACUGGAUGAAAUGACCAAGCGCUUAGAUGAGCUAGAAGCAUCUUUAGCUGCAUCUGCGGGGGCCGGUGCCCCGAGUCCGACAAAAUAA